AGUCCUUAAUCCGUUCCUUUCUGAGUUGCCGUAGUGUUAUGUUGAUCAUACGGAAAAUUAACUUUGUGAGCCAGCUAUCUUUCGGUACAUUUGUAUUACAUUUUUUUUUUAUUAAACACAGACAGCUGUUUUCAUCCAUCAAAUGGUUUAAUACGUUUAGUAGCGGUGUUCAACAUACAUAUAUUUUACAAUGAAAAGCAAGGUGAAUUCGUUUGGGACCAAGACUGAGAGUAAGAGGGAGGUUGCUAAAAAAGCUAACCUAGAUACCUAGCCAGCUACAGCUACCUUGAUUGCAGUGUGCUACGAUCACAGUACAGUAGUACGAAAAUAAUAUUUGUAAAUUAAAUAGCUACUAUAGUGACCUGAUUAACCUAAAAUCAUGACGGAGGCUCCGUGCGAGGAAGAGGAACUCCGGCCAGUGCCACGGGAGCGGGCAAUCCUGGAGAGUUUCUUUACGCAACUCGGGAUGUUCUCGUUUGACCGUGCAAAGGACUAUGUGGAGAAAGAGAAGGACAACAGCAAGAGCUCCGGGGCAAUAUGGGCCGCACUCCUGGCCGCCCUUGCUCAUCUUGCCGCGGCAGAGAAGGCCUAUCACAACAUGACGUUCCUCGGACAAAAACUGGGCGGACAGUCCUUCUUCAGCCGCAAGGACUCCAUCCGUACUAUUUAUACCUCCCUGUUCAAUGAGCUGAAGAAGGUGGUGACCAUGGGACGCCACGCCCAGCCAGGCUCCACCCUCUACCUGGAGGACUUGCUGUCGCAUUUGUCGGAGCAACUGUGUCACUUUACCCAAGCCCGCAUGGAGAUGGCUGAUCUGUAUGAGAAGAUGCACGCACUGAGCAGCCAAAAAAACAUCAACUUAGAGGAGCUGGUCACCACACUGGAGGCAGUGCUCCAGAAAUACAGCUCCAGGUUCCACCACCCCAUCCUGGGUCGCGUGGAGGGCGGGUUCCAGACGGAGGUGGACGUGGUCACCCAGCUGCUGCGUUGCCAGGCCCAGGUGUCCGAGUGGCACUUCCUGCCUGCCCUGCUGAGCCUGCAUGGGGCCAACUCCAAGCUGACCGCCUGGGGCCAGCUCUUCCAGCGCCAGAAGGAGACACGCAAGCACCUGUUCGGGGGCCAGUCCCAGAAGGCCGUGCAGACGCCCCACCUGUACGCGUGGCUGCAGCGCUUCCAGGGGGCACUCCUGGCCAAGUUCAGCUUCUACUUCCACGAGGCGCUGAGCCGCCAGACGGCGUCGGCCGACAUGAAGGCCCUGACGGCGCGCACCGUGCCCGACUACCAUGGGAAAAUCUGCUCGUUCGUCCGCAAGCACGACGCCAGCAACGUGUCGCUGGUGUUCGACAACCGUGGCUCGGAGAGCUUCCAGGGCCAUGGCUACCACCACCCACACUCGUACCGCGAGGCACCCAAGGGGGUUGAGCAGUUUCCCGCUGUGGUCUCGCUGCCAGGGGGUGAGCGUCCACUCACUCACUGGCCCAACGUCAUCAUGAUGAUGGGUGACCGGGAGGCUGAGCUAAACACGCUGGACAAGGUGGUGCACUUCUACGACGACAAGGUCCAGAGUACCUACUACCUGACACGGCCGGAACCGCACUUUACCCUAGUGGUCAUCUUUGACGGCAGGAAGUCCGAGAAGGAUUCCCACAUCACCACCUUCCUGCAGGAGAUCUCCAGCUCGCUGAGGAACUCAAAACCCUUCAGCACCCUUAAACCUGGCUCCAAGGGCUGAGAGGGACAUGAGCCUUGCCGUUAAUGCACUGCUUCACAUACUACACACACAACAUCUCAACAUACGUUAACAUACCUUAUGGGGACGCAUAAGGAAAGCAGGCUGAGGUGUUCAAUUGUGAGACAAGCUGUUCGAUUUACAUUCUUGCAACAUUCUGAUUGGUGUCAACUUAACAGUGGAACUUUCAGUACUCUGCUUGGCUUUAGUCAUUUCUAUUUAUUUUUAAAGGUAGGCAUAGUCCUAUCUCAAUUUUAGUCAGUCUGGAUUUGCUGAAUGAUUAAAUUAUUACACUUCUUUUUGCAAGGACUUUGCACAAUCAUCAACAAACCAAUGCCGGAUGUAGCCAGCAUUGGUUUGUAGCCAGAUCCAACUGUUCAGUUAAGCAUCAUGCUGUGAAUUUAGGCCACCAUUUAAUCUGCUGGUUGUAGGAAUUGAGGAGUUUUAAAGGUAAUUGUUCAGGCAUUUGCUGAGAUGUGAUUUACGGUAAACACUGCAUGUGUGGGCUCAAACCAAAAUGCUGUUUAAAGCCAUGCUUAGAUCCAGCAAUAGCAUUUAAAUCCUGCUCUUUGUUUGCUAUACCAAAUCAUUUCCAGACCAAAGAUGUCACACUAUCAGACAUGAAUGUCUAUCACUGAACUGCUGUAUUAAGACAUAUGUUUUUUUAUUUCUGUUCCAUGACAGGAUAGCAAAUGUCCUCCCCCUGAACGGGGCAUAAUGCUGCUAUGUAACAAAAUCACCUUUGUUCAGUUUAUGUUCAUUCUUUUUAUGAAAUUCAUAAUUUAGUUUUACUAUAAAAGUAAUUGUUUGGUUGUGGCACUCAUUUUGUGGUUUUAAUUUCUAAAUAAAGACUGUUGUUGACUGCAGGAAAAGGUU